ACCAAUAACUUGUCCAAAUCAACACAUUAGGAGCAUUAGGCAGAGCAGCCGCGGCGGAGAUGGCAGCGCUCAGAGCGAUCGUCCGUGGGCGACUGGUGCAGGCCCUUCCAGAGCUGGGGUCAGUGCGCCUCUCCAGUUCAUUCAAGGCCGCAGACUUGUCCGUAGAGCGCUCCUCCUCUCCUCAGCCCAAACCGGAUCCCUCGUCUUUGGUUUUUGGGAAGCACUUUUCCGAUCACAUGUUGGUGAUAAACUGGAGCGAAACGGAGGGAUGGGAGCGACCCAAGAUCCAGCCUUUCCAGAACCUGUCCCUGCACCCGGCCUCCUCCGCCCUGCACUACUCCAUCGAGCUCUUCGAGGGGAUGAAGGCGUUCCGAGGAGCAGAUAAUCACAUUCGUCUCUUCAGGCCCAUGUUGAACAUGGAGCGAAUGCACCGCAGCGCAGACAGAAGCUGUUUACCUCUGUUUGAUAAGCAGGAGCUGUUAAAAUGCAUUAAGAGUUUGGUGGAGCUGGAUCAGGACUGGGUUCCUUUCUCUCAGAACACCAGUCUCUACAUCAGACCCACGUUCAUCGGGACAGAGCCGUCCCUGGGCGUGUCUCGCGCGAGUAAAGCCAUGAUCUUCGUCAUUGUGGGUCCCGUUGGGCCGUACUUCACCACCGGCUCCUUUAACCCGGUGUCUCUGCUCGCCGACCCCGCCUUUGUGAGGGCAUGGAAAGGUGGAGUCGGGGCUUACAAGAUGGGAGGUAACUAUGGCCCCACGAUCGCGGUGCAGAACGAGGCGGUGAAACGCGGCUGUCAGCAGGUGCUGUGGCUCUACGGCCCAGAGGAGGAGAUCACUGAAGUGGGCACCAUGAACCUGUUCAUCUACUGGACCAACAGCAAAGGAGAGAGGGAGCUGGUGACUCCUCCUUUGGACGAUGGCCUCAUUCUUCCUGGAGUAACCCGACAGUCUCUACUGGACCUGGCCCGGGGCUGGGGAGAGUUUUCCGUGUUGGAGCGCCGGGUGCAGAUGAAGGACCUGAUGGAGGCUCUGGACCAGGGCCGAGUCCUGGAGGUGUUUGGAGCUGGGACGGCCUGUGUGGUGUGUCCCGUGGGCAGCCUCCUGUACAAGGGACAGAUGUACCAGAUUCCCACGAUGCAGAACGGUCCAGACUUGGCAAAGCGUUUUUACAAAGAGCUCACGGACAUUCAGUAUGGACGUAAACCAAGUGAUUGGGCACCGCUGGUCGUCUGAAAUCAAAACCAACAGAUAUUUGCACAGACUUUCUCCUGUUCUUCUUCCUCCUCCUCCUCUCAUCUGCCCAUCCUCCUCCUCUCCACUUCUUCCUCUUCUCAUCCUCUCAUCCUCCUACGCACAAGAACACACUCCAGAAGCAAUACGUUUUUAACCCGAUUUAAACUCCUCACCUGUGACAUCAUCCAAUCCCUGAGGACCGGUACUGCACAAAGAAGCCCGGAAUGUUACAUAUUAUGGUAUUAAACUUGUCUGUCUCCAUGGAGCAGAGCAGGUGACGCCACCAGGCCAAGUUACAGGUCAGAUCCGUGGAGAGGCGAGUAGGAAUACCUGUUUUUCCAGGUAUUUUUGAGCAGUACAAACACUGUAACUGUAAUUACUUUUGAAGCGAUAUGUUUUUAACCCGAUUUAAACCUCCUGAGGACAGUUACUGCACAAAGAAGCAAGUAUUGUAGCUUAUCUCCAUGGAGAUUAUGUUGCUUUGCUUAAAAUGUUACACAAUAUGGUAUUAAAGAGCCUGUACCUGAUUUUUUUUUUUUAUAAAUAUAUUGUAUAAGCAGCUCUUGAGGUCAAAAUAAGUCCACUGUGUUCUGUCUGCUGUGCAAUUAUAAAGCUUUUUAUUGUCUGAGAAUCAGGAAGUGCGCUGUUGGCAUGCUAGUUCUUUGAGAGUUGUGAAAAGUGCUUAUAAACUCAUCGUGGUGAAUAAAUAGGAUGCUCUGAAUGAGUAAGGUAAGCGAGGAAUAACUUUGGACCACUGAAAACUUUUCAUGUUUUUAAAAUGGUAAAAAUCAGGUACAGCAACUUUAAACUCCUCUCUUCUGCAUUUAUUCAGUUGCGGCGUUUACAUUGCUCAGAAUUGCCUUAAAAAACACGGCUUCUCUCAAAGAUAUCACUUCUUUUGGGUUAAUUUCACUGUAAAAAUAUCAUGGCUCAGAACUGGUUCAAAUGGCUGGAAGUCCAGAUCGUUGAAGUCAGUCAUAAACUUCGGAAAUUAAAGGAACUGUAUGUAAAAUGUAAGUUUAAAAUUCCAUAAACAUGACCUCUUUGUGAUCCCAGAUUCACAUCAAAUAGAACAUUUACUGAGAACUAUUGUAACGCUGAUUUAUUCUUCAUUAGAAAAACAUUGGACAUUUUAAACGCUAAGAGGCAGUGUACAUACAGCUCCUUUAAAAUUCAUUUUAAAAUCACGUUUGACACUUUUUUGUAGUGUGUCUCCCUCUAGUGGUGAUAUCAGUGACUCGACCAUCCCAGCAGUUCAAGUUUGUAUUUUAGUUUGAACAGAAAAAAACAUGAUGACAACAUGGUAAUAUUUCAGAACAGUGGUGUCGAUGUUGGUAGAUCCGUAGUUACUGUUACUGUUAUGUAAAAAUAUAAUUCUUUGUGUCAACACUGGAAAAGGCACUGUUUUAAGAAGAGGGGAAAAGAUGAAGAUAAAUUUGCACCAAAAUUUAAACUGCAAAAAAAAAAUUUCUACACGAGCUGAAAUCACAUUUAUUCAGAAUUUAAAUCUUGCUUUUGAAGGUGGUAAAAAUCUUCUAAUAUUCACAAAGUUGUCAGUUAAAAUCCCGCUCAUUCAUAAUAUAAUUGUGUCAUUGGGCAAGACACUUUGCCUGGGUAAGUGUGGUGAUGGUGUGUGCUGGUGGUCACAGGGGCAGAUGGCACAGAUUAGCAGCCACUUUUCUGUCAUUUAGCCCCAGAGCAGCUGUUAGCCCCUUGUUCAUUGAGUAAUUUUCCGAUUAUUUUUUUUUCUCAUAGAGUAAAAUGAUAUAAUAUACUUGAGCUUUAUAAACUGCUAAAGUUAUAAAAACACAGUCGGUAAGUGCUCAUCCUCAUCUAAAGGUUCCAAACCCACUCUCGACAAAAACAUCAUUGUUAGAGCGGCCAGAUCCAUUGACCCACAGGUUGCCGGUGCGAUUCCAGCUCCCACAGAUGAAUGCUGUUUUGUGUCGUUGGGCAAGACACUUAAACCACCUCGCCCCAGUGUCUGUGUUCACUGGUGCAUGAAUGUGUGUGUGAAUGGGUGAGUGGUUCCUAAAUGUAAAGUGUUUUGAGCCUCAAAGGUGGAAAAAAUAUUACAAUUUUCUGGAAAAAGUCUAUGGAAAAAAAAUGAAAGGACUGACCUGCUUAAAAAUAUAAAACAUGGACUGGACAAUGUAAGUACAGGUGUAAGCUUUAAACUGGUUAAAUUCAUAUGAUCUAAAAAAAAAAAAAAAAAUCUGAAUGAAUCCGUUUCAGCUCGUGUGGACUUUUGUUUCGUUUUGAGAUUAUAAACGGUUGCGCACACUGUAUAAAAGUGUUGGUUUUAUUUGUGUUUUAUUUAAAAUUAUUGUUUUGGUUUGUCCCUGUUUAUUUGAAUGUAAAUCAGGGCUGCACGAUACGAGGGGAAGAAAAAAAAAUUAAAUAUUGGUAUAAUUUUUCAAAACCUAAAUUUGAAUAGUUACAAUUACCUAUAUGUGUGUGUCAGAUGCCCUCCCUGAGUCUCCAUGGGGUCUUAUUCUAUAUAAAAGCUUCUAUAACCCUGUAGUUGAGACUUCUACAAACAUGUUCUGAAAUAUAGGUGAUUCUUGGAUUAGUUUAAAGUUUAUACCCAUUUUUAAAGUCUUGGUUUAGUUCUGUGUUAGCACUUAACCUGGUCUGAAAGAGGACUAAGUUAGACCUGUUUUAGUCCUGGUUUAGACUUCAGUUAGAUCUGGUUUGGACCCACUAAAUGUCCCUGUGCCAGAUGACCUUCCCUAUGUAUCAGUGCCCUCCCUGAGUCUCCAGGGGUCUUUUUCUAUGUAAAAGCUUCUACUGCCCUGUAGUUUAGACCUCUACAAACAUGCUCUGAAAUGUCCCCGUGUGUCAGAUGCCCUCCCUGUGUCUCCACGGGGUCUUAUUCUGUGUGAAAGCUGCUAACCCUGUAGUUUAGACCUCUACAAACAUGUUCUGAAAUGCAUGCGAUCCUUGGAUUAGUUUAAAGUUCUGAUUUCAGUCUCUCAAAUGUGAAACUGAACUUUGAUUAAAAACACUGCAAAACUUAGAAUACGGUAAAACGUAUGGUUAAAAUUAACUUUCUUGUGGUGUGGUGCAGCCCUGUUGGAGCGGCCCCUCUGCUGUGUUCAAGUGCCUCCUGCUGCUUUGGAAACGCUGGAAUGUUUGGGUUUAUUUUAGUGAAACUUUAUUCUCCUUUUAUAAAAUGUGCUGUUACAUUUGACCGUUUUUACAUUAAAAUCUAUUUCUGUUUGAAAAAA